CCCCUUUUAACCGACUACUUAUUGCGCACCAAUCAAUACCCAUUACCUUCUGCCGAAUGUCAACCCAACUCUCGCCACUUGCUUCUGGACUUCUUUAGGUAGGUACCUAGGUACCUAGGUAGUUUGCUUGAGGGUUGGUUCUGCUCGUAAAGCGGUUACCGCACUGUGUUCGUGUGGAAGCGGGUGACUUGGGAAGGAGCUGCUCGGGAUGAUGGGGUCCUCUGUUCUUUCUCCAUGUGACUCGGGACUUAGGGGCUUCUGGCACAUGCUUUGUAAACUUCUCAAAUUGGCCACGUGCGGGAUCUCGAAAGACAAUACAGCCCGUGUACACAGUCGAGUCCGGCCCCGCAUUCUUUCUCCCAACCACACAAAUCUGCUCCGCACAUCUGAUUCUUCGCGUUCCACAACUCCCAAAAAACAUCGCGUUUCGCACCAUACCACCGCCACAAUGGGUCGCUCAUACCAAAAAAACCCGAGUACAACUUCCAAAACCCCACCUCAAUGGAAAGACCAAGUCCGCCACAAGUACUGCGGCGCCCUUGACAACGGCCGCGAGGGUAAGCCCAACAAGGUCCACCGUUGCGAGGCGUGCCUCGUCGUCAAGGCCCGCCAGAGCAAGUUCCGCGACGGACCGGGCGAUAUCAAGCUCGGGAGGAAGCAGAAGAUGAACUUGAAGUUUGGCGGUGGCGAGGAGUCAUAGCCGCUCGAUGUGAGAGGGUUGGGUGUUUUGGACUCCCAGGGAUGCUUUGGGAGACAUGAAGAGCCGGGUUUGGAAUAUCGUGUUUCUUUGAUGGAUUUUUGAUUGCAUUUGGGUCAGGGAGGUACAUAGCAGCACCGGUAGAGGCCCCCUGGCGGCACCAGGUGGCUGGCUGUUUACCUUGCGUCGACAGGCGAGUUUUUUUCGUUCAGAUUUAACGUGAAGAAAUAGAGACAAUAGAUUCUCCCACAGUUCAUGACCGCAAAGAUGUGCGUCGAGUUCACUUGGCGUGUGUGCAAUCUUCA